AUGAUUCUUCUAAGGCUUGAUAUCAUUUGGUCAUCUUAUUUUGGCAAGUGUGGCCUUCGAGCCUCUUCAACAUAUACUUGCACCAGUCGCAGGGAAGAACAGUUAUUCCAAAGGAGUUGUCCGAAGGAUACAGAAGAUGCAUUUGAGGAGCCUUGGAAAUAUGCCAUGCUGGGGAUGCUUGUGGGCCUGUGGUAUAUUGUGUGGCAUAGAAGACCCAACCUUACCUCAGGUCAUGAUUUUGAGUUCCGCGAAAGUUCAACAUUACGCUCAGAUGGUGUAGUAGGGGCCGAGAACAAGAAGAACACACCGCAAAUGUGA